AUGUUCGAUUCCCCUAAAUUUGAAGUUGAUUUAAAAAGUCUUAUCAAGGAAGGAGAUUUAGAUACCAUCAAGUAUAUUCCAGACCUUACGUAUCAUAUAUCUACUCCAACGGAAGACGGAAUUAAUUUCUUUCACUUUGCUUGUUUAAAAGGCCAGUAUAAAAUUGCAAAAUAUUUUAAGCAUAUUAAUAAAUACAUUCAUCAAAUUACUGACAAAUAUGGUAAUAAUGCAGCUUUUUAUGCAGCUUUAUCAAAUUCACACGGAGGCAAAAAGAUUCUUAAUUUAUUCUUAAAGAAAUAUUCCAAUGAAUAUAUACUCCAUGAAAAUAACUAUGGUCUAACUCUGGUUCACAUAUCAUUCCAUAGAAAUCUGUUCAAAACAAUUCGAUUCCUAAGGAGCAAAGGACUGGCAACAUUGACCUUCGAUAAAAAUAACCCCAUCCAUCAAAAGAUUUCAAUUGACAUUGCAAACAAUUACUUUGAUUUAGCAAACAAAUUAAUUUUACAACAGAAAUAUAAUGAUUUUCACGAUUUAGAGCAUUUGAUAUAUUUAAAAACAGAUGUCAUACAAAACGAAGUGCAUUACAAUUUAAUUAAUCAAAUUGUACCAAAGAUUAAAGAUAAAAUCAACAGUAUAGUUGAAAUUGUUAACAAUUAUGAGAAACAAAAAUCCGAAAUUAAUAAAAAUUCCAAAAAUGUUCAAUUAAAAUGUAUUGAUCCAAUCAUUGAACAUUUAAAUCAAUGCCAUGAAGAUAUAAAAAGAAUAUUUGAUUUGGAAGCAAUAAAUAAAAUAUUUGAAGAACCCAUGAAAGAAUUAACAAAGAAAGAUUUUGAUGAUUUUAAAGAAACGAUAGAUGAAUACAAACAAAAAAUUGAAGAUAUGCUUGUAUAUUUUAAAGACCAAAAAGCAGAAAUAAUUUCUCAUGAGCAAAAAUGA